AUUGUAUUAUACGUCAAUGUAUUUACUACGGCGAAUUUCCCCGAAAUUGCUAAUCUGUGAUGUAAAGUCAACCAACUUCUUCCCGGUCACAGGAAUCUCUGCGUUUCCUCCACUUCCUGUUCUUUUGCGAAUUUGAAGACCAUGGCCAAAAGGCCAGGGGACAACGACCCCAUGGGCAGCGGCCAACCACCACUAAAGAAAGUUCAGUUUGAACCGAUCAGGAUCGGCCCAAUUUCAACAUUAGAAGAAAUGGACAUCAAAGUCUUACAAUUCCAGAACAAGAAAUUAGCGCAGAGGUUAGAACAAAAGAACCGGACAGAAGCUGAGUUGCGGCAGCGAAUAGAGCAGCUAGAAAAGCGACAGACUCAGGAUGAUGCUGUCCUCAACGUUGUCAACCGAUAUUGGAAUCAGCUCAAUGAGGAUAUCAGAAUUCUGUUGCAAAGAUUUGACUCUGAAACUGCAGAUGAGUCCGAGAGUAAAAAUGAGAACGAAGCAACAACUUCUUUCCUUAUGCAGCUAUCAACAUGGGACAAAGAAGAACUGGAUGAGAAAUUAGCAAAUCGAGUCCAAGUGUCAAAGCGAGCUGUUGCCAAAGUAAUUCAAGCUUUCGAUCGCCUGAUGCAAAGGAAUGAAAAAAUUACCGCUGCUUUAAAAGGAGAGUUGAAUAAUGAAGCACCAAGUGUUGAUGAAGUUGUGCGGCAAGCAAAUAUUGAAAUUCAAGCUGAAAAUCGAAACUUACAAGCAUUGAACACCUCGCUGCACAAAAAAUAUCACGCAAACUCUUUAAAGAUGGCAGAACUGGAAGAACAGGUAGUUGGUAAAGACACCGAAGCUGCAGAGCUUCGGAAUCAGAUCGAUGAUUUGCAGUACGAGCUUCAGAAAGUGCAAUCCCGCAACGAUAAGCUAGAAAACCAUCUUGCCGAAGCAAUGGAAAAGUUGAAAAACGUCCAGCAACAGGUUCAGCACCAGACAGACGAGAAGAGCGGUGAGAAGGACAAAAAGCAGGCUGUCGUCGUCACUAAUACAAUCAAUCAGAAAAAGUUGGAGGAGCUGGAGAAAGAAUUAGAAGAAGUGAAGGAAUUAGCUAACAACAGGCUUACUGAACUGGAUCGAUUACAUCAACAACACCGAGACACACUUAAAGAAGUAGAAAAAUUAAAAAUGGAUAUUCAAAAAGGAAGAGCUGAAAAACAGUGAGAAAUGUGGACUAAA